UUAUUUGAAGGCUACAUUGGUUCAUACUGUAGGCUACAUUACAGAACCAUGGGAUUCAGUCCCAUCCUAUUUUUACAUUUAAUUCACAUAUUCAUACUCUUUACAAGAGCAAUGUCUAGGGAUAUCAUGGAUUUAACAUUGUUUUAAAAAAGUGCUUCCAUGCCCAAUUAUUACUUUUGAUUCAGUUUAUUUCUCAAAGCAGUGUAGGAAUGCACAAUACAGUUAUACUGUACAUAAGAUUUUGUAUAACGCUAUAAUGGCCUGCCCAGGCCCAAAAUUAGAUUCUCUGCUCUGACCUCAUUAGACCAAGGCCUCAUUGGCCAAUCCUACCAACUAUUAUAGAUGUUGGUUCUGACCUCACUGUCAUAUAUCUCCAUGACCCAACCUGACCUUAUCUGUGCCCACAAAAUAAAUAAUGUAGUGAUGCUGUGUGUAAGGUCAAUCCCCAACACUUUUUAUGCUUGGAGCUGAUGAUCUUCAGUUCAAGUACAAGGCCACAUAUAAUUUAGGGGAUAGUGCUUGAUGUGCCAUAUAUUGUAAUCAGCAGCAUGCACACAUGCCAAUCACUGCCUUUUCUCCUCUUACUAGACAGUUUAGUUUAUUAAUACAACCGUUUUAAAAAAUAAGCACACAUAAAACUUGAAAAGCCAUACAUGCACAUGAGUAAAAUCCUUGAGGAUAACACAAUAAAGUCUGGGACUUAUUUCCAUUGUUAAAUGCAUUGCUCUUUAUGUAGUUUUCCUUUCGAUUUGUAAAUGGUUCAUUAUUGAUUGAUUUACUGUAUCUGAGGGACUAAAUGAUUUGUUUCGCUGGGAUAAAAAAAAAACGAAACAGAUCCAUAUAUUUGACCAUGGGGAGUUCUUAGAGUCAAUACUGCUGUGCUAUUUCCAAGUGUCGCUGUCUCCAAUAUGCACUAGUAAGAAUAGUCAAUGUCACUUAAAGCUGUUAAGAUGAUUAUUUAGCUGGCCGGACAUUCCGUUCAAGUCAACAGGAGUCUCCUGCAUGGAGAUUAGUGUGAGCCAAUCUCAUUAUGACUGUCCUGCAGACUGCACAUUUACCCAGAGGUAAUGGUGGAGCUCCACGUCUGCAAUUAAAUCACCUUUUGUAACGAUGACCUAAAAGAAAUAUUGACGGCUAUUAUGAAUCCUUAAGGCCAGUCAGAGCAUCAGCAGAGCUGUGCCCCAAGCCUCUAACAAAGAAUGCCAGAUAGAGAGAGUUAUAAUAUGUGACAGUUUGAAUUGAUGCUCCUUUGUAUCAAUGCUCAAUUAUCAAUUUUGUCCUAUAGGAGCUAACAGGAAUAAGAAAGACAGGUAAGUAAUUUGUAUCAAUGCAUGAUAGAAGGGAGCGGUAGGAUAUUUAAGAAGUUGUGUGAUGUUAUUUUAUGUGAAUAGAGCUAACUGGCGAGGCCAUAGAACAUCUACUCACAAUAGUCCCAAAUCGGAAUCCCUGCCAUUGAACACAGGGAACCUCACCCAAAUUAAAAUCUCACCUGUAAUUCAUUUUUUUCCUUUGUGCCUUUUAGGACUCAAAUCCAGACUAGCAUGGCCGAAACGCAAGGACAAGGAGGAUAAGAAAGCCAAGCCAAGUGAGACGAGUGUAACGCCAUUGGACAAAACACCGAAAGUCCUUUCAACCCGUCCUAUUAUACCAGAACUGACCCCAGAACAGAGGAUGAGGCAGACACCAUUUGAGAGGGUGCUUUAUGACAUGAACCAUGACCAGAGGGUAGUCAACGACCUUAUACUGGGCCGGAGGAUCUCCUUCUACGAGCUCAGGGGGGAAAUAGGGUGUGGGAACUUCUCCCACGUUAGAUUGGGUAUCCAUGCCCUGACUAAAGAGAGGGUCGCAAUCAAGAUUUUGGAUAAGCUUCGGCUGGACAAGAAGUCUCAGUCCCUGUUUGCCACAGAGAUCAGCUGUAUGGAGAAGCUGUCCCACCCUAACAUUGUUCGUCUCUAUGAGGUGAUUGAGACCACCAAGCGCCUGUACCUGGUGAUGGAGUAUGGUAGUGGAGGAGACCUCUACUCACGUAUCACCAACCGGGGGCGUCUGUCUGACCUGGAGACCAAGCUCAUCUUUGCCCAGAUCAUCUCUGCCAUCAAACACAUGCAUGACAACAACAUCGUCCACCGAGACCUGAAAGCAGAGAACAUCUUUUACACCACCAGCUACUGCAUCAAGGUGGGAGACCUUGGCUUCAGUAUCGUGAGUGCUCCAUCUGAAGUCCUCACCACGUUUUGUGGCUCCCCACCCUACGCCGCUCCAGAGCUCUUCAAAGACAAAGGCUACGUGGGUCGUUACGUGGACAUCUGGGCCUUGGGAAUCCUGCUCUACUUCAUGGUCACCGCCACCAUGCCUUUCCACGCCGACAACCUUGGCCGUUUGAAGCGCUGUAUCAUGCAGGGAGCUUACGCCUUCCCUGACUAUGUACCCAACCCCUGCCAACUGGUCAUAAAAGGCAUGCUGAGGUCCGUGCCCGCUGACCGUGACCCCAUCUCCCGGAUAAUGACCAGCACGUGGCUGAAGAGCAUUGAUUACCCUCGGGCAUACGCCCCCCUGCCCCAGACACCCUUUCACCUGGCUGAAACCUCCCAGGUCCUGUGUGUGGAGGAGCAGGAGGUGAAGUCGGCCCUGUCUGAUCUGGGCAUCAAGGGAGUCCACCUGCAGAACAACACCUAUACAGACAAUCGCAGCCCCCUGACGGGGACGUACCGUAUCCUCCUCCACCGUGUCCAGAAGAGGAGGUCUGUGGAGGCAGUGGGAUAUGCAGCCCUUUACCCUGAGGACUUUGGCAGUAAGAACGGCAGGACGACCACUGCUGUUAUGGACAAGCACAACCCUACCAGUGUCUGUGUUAUCCUAUAGACCAGGGAUUUUGCAACAGUUUUUGAACCAGGGACUGGAAAAUUAUGGAUCUUCUCUUUGGAUUAAAACAAACAAUUUUGGUGGGCCACUUAUAAUGAUAUUGAACACUUCAGAAGUUAAGUUCUCCCAUAACUAUGAACUAUCUGAGGGACCUGUCAGCAACAUCUCAGGAACCAGUGCUGCUCCAUGGACCUCCAUGGAGGUUGAGAAAUAAUGCUACAGAGUCUGGCCUCCUGUAUAGCCAGGCUCCACCAGAAGAGAAUCACAAGACAAACACACACCACACACGCACACACACAUACACACACUACACUCACGGAUUUGUUGUCGCGUAUUCAUCGCAGUACAGAUGAUAGAUAGAUAAAUAGCACCAUCUUGUGCUCACAUCAAUUAUUACAUUUCAGUACUCCUAAGAAAUCUGUGACAGAAAGAUACAAUGGUGAAAAGGUUAAGAUUUCAGGGUUGUACUGUAAAGUACAUUCAUUAUAUUGCAGCUUUAUGUACUAACAAGGCUACAGUAAUUGACUUCAGCUUGUUGCGACGUUACAUCACUCAAUAGGUCUAUGUUUUGUACAAUUGGCUUACAGUGAGAGACGAAGGAUUAAUAAUACUAUCAGCAUCUUCCAAGCCUACUUAGUCCUGUGCUUCGUCAAAAUAUAACUGGGGUCAUGCUCGUGGAAGGACAUGGCUAAUUUGUCUUAGCUGUGAUACAGGAAAAGUGCUUUGUUCAGAUAGCAAUUGUAAGGGAGUCAGGCACGAAGCACUGGCCAAUGCUCUGAUAUUUGGAUUACAAUACUUAGGUUUAUCCUCAAAGACUUGUAUGCCUUCAACAUCAAUGUAAAUAUAACAAAUAUAAUCUUUAGGUAAAUUCACAAGCUCUAUUCACAAGUACAUUGAAAAAUUUGUAAAACAUAGAUGUUUUGUGCACAGUUCUUUAUUUUGGCUAUUCAGUGGCUUGGAAGUGCAAUGUUUUGUCUGAAGAUGAAUAUCUUUAUUAUGAUAUAAUGUAAUUAAAAUGCAGUAACACAUUGCUUAUGUAGAUAUUUUUGUACAGUCAUUUUAUAAAUGCUUUACUGAUAUAUUUUAUGUGGAUUAAGUAUAUCAGUAAAGUAUUUAUAAAAUGUUAAUAAAUAUUAUUUGCCAUUGGAUGUACCCAUUAAUGCUCAAGAUAAAUGUCAUUUGAAUAUAUGCCUGAGAUGAGUAAAAAAAAAAAUCUUGCAUUGUGUAUUGCUAUACCAUUUAAAUAAUUAAAAAUAAAUAAAACAUA